AUGUUGGGAGCUUUUGGAUUUAAGGUUCCUGGUGGUAUAAGACCCUCAUACCAGUUACUCCACCAGGUGCGUGAGGUGAGUCAGGAGUGCAGAUACCCCAGGUGUAGGUACCCCAAGUGCAGAUACCCCCAGGUGCAAGUACCCCCAGGUGCAAGUACCCCCAGGUGCAAGUACCCCAGGUGCACCCCCCAGGUGCAGGUACCCCAGGUGCAAGUACCCCCAGGUGCAGGUACCCCAGGUAAGUACCCCAGGUGCAAGUACCCCCCAGGUGCAAGUACCCCAGGUGCAAGUACCCCAGGUGCAGGUACCCCCCAGGUGCAGGAUCCCCAGGUGCAGAUACCCCCAGGUGCAAGUACCCCCAGGCAAGUACCCCCAGGUGCAAGUACCCCCAGGUGCCCCAGGUGGGUACCCCAGUCGUGCCCCCAGGUGCAGGUGCCCCCAGGUGAAAUCCCCAGGUGCAAGUACCCCAGUGCAGGUGCCCCAGGUGCAAGUGCCCCCCAGUGCAAGUGCCCCCAGGUGCAAGUACCCCCAGGUGCAGAGUACCCCCAGGUGCGAGUACCCCCAGGUGCAGAUGCCCCAGGUGAAAUGCCCCCCCAGGUGCAAGUACCCCCAGGUGCAGGUACCCCCAGGUGCAGGUGCCCCAGGGGUGAAUGCCCCCCAGUUAAGUGCCCCCAGUGCGAAGUGCCCCCCAGGUGCAGUCCCCCAGGUCAGGUGGUGCAAGUACCCCCCAGGUGCAAGUGCCCCCAGGUGCAGGUACCCCAGUUAGUGCACCCCCAGGUGCAGGAGUGCCCCAGUGCAGUGCCCCCAGGUGCAGUCACUUCGGCAGGUGCCCCAGGUGCAGGUGCCCCCAGGUUGCAAAUGCCCCCCAGGUGCAGUACCCCAGGUGCAAGUACUGAGUGCAGGUACCCCCAGGUGCAGAAAUGCCCCAGGUGGGUGCCCCCAGGUGCGAGAGUACCCCCAGGUGCAGGUGCCCCAGUGGUAGGUGCACCAGGUGCAGGUGCCCCCCAGGUGCAGAGUACCCCCAGGUGCAAGGUAUCCCCAGGUGCAUGCCCCCCAGGUGCAGCCCCAGGUGCAGGUACCCCAGGUGCAGGCGGGCAGGUACCCCCCAGGUGCAGGUACCCCAGGUGCAAGUCCCCAGGUGCAGGUGCCCCAGAUUGGUGCCCCCAGGUGAAGUGCCCCGGUUGCCCCCAGGUGCAGGUACCCCCAGGUGCAGAUGCCCCCCAGGUGCAGGUACCCCCAGGUGCAGGUACCCCCCAGGUGCCCCAGGUGCCCCAGGGUGGUACCCCCAGGUGCAGGCCCCAGGUGCAGGUACCCCAGGUGCAGGUACCCCCAGGUGCAGGAGUCUGGCCCCCAGGUGCAGGUACCCCCAGGUGCAGGUACCCCCAGGUGCAGCACCCCCAGGUGCAGGUACCCCCAGGUCGUGCCCCCAGGUGCCAGUGCCCCCAGGUGCAGGUACCCCCAGGUGCAAGUACCCCCAGGUGCAGAGUACCCCCAGGUGCAGGUACCCCCAGGUGCAGGCCCCCCAGGUGCAGGUACCCCAGUGCAAGUGCCCCAGGUGCAGGUACCCCCAGGUGCAAGUGCCCCCAGGUGCAGGUGCCCCCAGUUGGUGCCCCCCCAGGUGAGUACCCCCAGGUGCAGUGCCCCCAGGUGCAAGUGCCCCAGGUGCAGUACCCCCAGGUGCAGAGUCCCAGGCACCCCCCAGGUGCAGGUACCCCCAGGUGCAGGUACCCCCAGGUGCAGUACCCCCAGGUGCAGGUACCCCCAGGUGCAGGUACCCCCAGGUGCAGGUGCCCCCAGGUGCAGGUACCCCCAGUUGCAGGUAUGCCCCCAGGUGCAGGUACCCCCAGGUGCAGGUACCCCCAGGUGCAGGCCUCCCCAGUGCAGGUGCCCCCGGGGUGGGUACCCCCAGUGCAGGUGGGUGCAAGUACCCCCAGGUGCAGUGCCCCCCAGGUGCGUACCCCCAGGUGCAGGUGCCCCCAGGUGCAGGUACCCCAGGUGCAGGCCCCCCAGGUGGAGUACCCCCCAGGUGCAGGAAGUACCCCCAGGUGCAGGUACCCCCAGGUUGAAAUGCCCCAGGUGCAGGUACCCCGGUGCAGGUGCAAGUACCCCCAGGUGCAGGUACCCCAGGUGCAGGUGCCCCCAGGUGCAAAUGCCCCCAGGUGCAGGUACCCCCCAGGUGCAGGUGUCCACAGGUGCAGUACCCCCCAGGUGCAGUACGGUGGUACCCCCAGGUGCAGAGGUGCCCAGGUACCCCCAGGUGAGUACCCCCAGGUGCACCCAGGUACCGAUGCCCCCAGGUGCAGAGUACCCCCAGGUGCAGGUACCCCCAAGUUGCAAGUACCCCCAGGUGCGUGCCCCCAGUGCAGGACCCCAUGCGGGUACCCCCAGGUGCAGGUACCCCCAGGUGCAGAUGUGCAGGUACCCCAGGUGCAGGUGCCCCCAGUGAGACCCCGGUGCAGGUACCCCAGGUGCGAGCCACCCCAGGUGCAGAGUACCCCAGGUGACGGUGCAGAGUACCCCAGGUGCAGGUACCCCCAGGUGCAAGUACCCAAGUGCAGUGCCCCCGGUGCAGGUACCCCAGGUGCAAGGGUGCAUGCCCCCAGGUGCAGGUACCCCCAGGUGCAGAGUACCCCCCAGGUGCAAAUGCCCCCCAGGUGCAGGUACCCCCAGGUGCAGAGCACCCCCAGGUGCAGUACCCCAGGUGCAAGUACCCCCAGUGCAGGUACCCCCAGGUGCAGGUGCACCCCAGUGCAAGUACCCCAGGUGCAGUACCCCCAGGUGCAAGUGCCCAGGUGCAAGUACCCCCAGGUGCAGGUACCCCCAGGUGCAAGUGCCCCCAGUGCAGCCCCAGGUGCAAGCCCCAGUGCCCCCAGGUGCAGAGUACCCCCAGGUGCCAUGCCCCAGGUGCAAUACCCCCAGGUGCAGGUACCCCAGGUGCAAGUACCCCCAGGUGCAAGUACCCCCAGGUGCAAGUACCCAGGUGCAAGUACCCCCCAGGUGCAACCCCCAGGUGCAGGUAAGCCCCCAGGUGCAGGUACCCCCAGUGCAGUACCCCCAGGUGCAAGUGCCCCAGGGUCAGAAGCUGCCCCCAGGUGCAAGUACCCCCAGUGCAGGUACCCCAGGUGCAAGUACCCCCAGGUGCAGGUACCCCGGGUGCAAGUACCCCCAGGUGCAGGUACCCCCAGGUGCAGGAACCCCAGGUGCAGGUACCCCAGGUGCAGGUGCCCCCAGGUGCAGGUACCCCCAGGUGCAAGUACCCCAGGUGCAGGUGCCCCCAG